UCCGUGGUUACGGCCCUCUGAAACAACGUCAAGGGGCGGGACUGCGUUUUACAAACCGGACCGUGAACCUUUGCGUUUUCUCUUUCCAGCCAGCGCCGAGCGAUGGGCAUCUCUCGGGACAACUGGCACAAGCGCCGCAAGACCGGGGGCAAGAGAAAGCCCUACCACAAGAAGCGGAAGUAUGAGCUUGGGCGCCCCGCUGCCAACACAAAGAUUGGCCCCCGCCGCAUACACACAGUCCGUGUGCGGGGAGGUAACAAGAAGUACCGUGCCCUGAGGCUGGACGUGGGGAACUUCUCCUGGGGCUCAGAGUGUUGUACUCGGAAAACGAGGAUCAUUGAUGUUGUCUACAAUGCGUCCAAUAACGAGCUGGUCCGCACCAAAACCUUGGUGAAGAACUGCAUCGUGCUUAUUGACAGCACACCGUACCGACAGUGGUACGAGUCCCACUAUGCACUGCCCCUGGGCCGCAAGAAGGGGGCCAAGCUGACUCCUGAGGAAGAAGAAAUUUUAAACAAAAAACGAUCCAAAAAAAUUCAGAAGAAAUAUGAUGAAAGGAAAAAGUCAAACUCCUGGGCUCAACAGCGCCGAUGCGGAUUGGCGGUGCAGUGGCUCCGCCUCAGGCAUACCUGGGGCCUUCAUGGGGAGUGCGGGGCUGCAGCGGCCACCAACAUGGGCUGGCGGCGGGCCCACGAGCCGGCUUGUCGCCGCGGCAUGAUGACACCUGGAAAAAAGAAGGUGCUGCCAGGGGACUGCCGGCAGCUGCGCGAGUGGGGGGGAAGCCAACCUCUGCGGAGGAGCUUAGCCGGUGCGGCCCCGCCCGAGCGGGGUCUUGGAGCUGGCGAGUUUCGCCAGACCGGAGCUUCCCGCGGCUCAGGCUUUCCUCCCCCGGUCUCCCACAUACAGGGCAGUCCUCGGGACAGACUGGCACCAAAGCGCCGCAAGGACCGGGGCAAGGAGAAAGCCCUACCACAAGAAGCGCGAACGCAUUGCAUUGCCUCCAGACCGGGCCAGUGUGGCCGAGCAGAUGGCUAUGUGCUAGAGGGCAAGGAGCUGGAGUUCUACCUGAGGAAAAUCAAGGCCCGGAAAGGCAAAUAACUCCUCCUCUCUCCUGUCUUAGUUCAUGUAAUAAAGGUGUUUAUUGUUCUAUCUGC